GUGUUUUUUAUAUUAAUAUAUAAAAGGUUCGCCUUGAUUUCGUUUUCGUUAUUUAAAUACACGGAUAAAUAAUGUGAUCAAGACAAAACUGUAAGACAUUAAGAUUGAUGAACGAAUCCAAAAGUAUGUCGAUGCCAAAUGAAGAAAAAGCGAACUUUGCACGAAUAAAUAGACUUCUACAUAGAGCUGCAAUUCCAGCAGUUAGACAUGAGUUUGAUAAACAAUUUCACCCCAGUGUAUUAAAAUCAACCCUGAACAGAAAGCGCAUUAGCUUAGAAAAAUUAAGAAAACAAAGAGUCAUCAACCAUUAUCAAUGGACUUUGUUAUUUCCCAAUAAUGCAGCACCGUCAUCAUUAGACUUUGAUCUUCCUUUAAUGAUAUGUCUGUUGAAAAACAUUACCGAACAAUAUGAAUCAGAAUCAGAGGUAUUUCCUGCGGAAACCGACACAAGUGAAGCUGCAAGUCUGUUUAGAUUGAAACAUUAUCGAAAUAAGAUAGUACAUAGUAAGGGAUUCACUUUGUCUGACAAGGACUUCAAGAAAGACUGGGAACAUAUUACUGAUGCGAUUUGCAAACUUGGUGGUGAAAACUAUAGAGAGACGUGUAUGCAACUCAAAAGCAGUCCACUGGACGACAACGAGAAAGAUUUACAGUUAGAAAUCAAAAAGAUUGCGAAAAGUAUCCGAGAACCAGACAAGGAAGAAUAUCUUUAUUGGAUUGAAGAUACAGAUAGAUAUUUUCCUAAUUCGGCUGCUAUCAAAAAGAUCACAGAAGCAUUUGAUGAAUGUAAACACCACUUUGUAGUAGUAUCAGGAAAACCCGGAACAGGAAAAACAGCUCUUGCUCGUUAUGUUGCUUUGCAUCUUAACAAAAACAACGAUUUUUCUAUUGUUCCUGCAAACAACCCAGAUAUUAUAAAAAAUCACCUUGCGCUAAGAUCUCAGAUGAAUAUUACAACACAUAAACUUAAAAUCAAAAAGAUGCCCGUGGCAACUGAUCAUCACAAAAAGAAAAAACAAAACAUCACAAAUGAACCUGCCACGAAGAAAAAACAUAACAAACAAACAAAACAAGAAAAGGUCCUUACACUUGAUGAAUCGCAUGGUAUCCAAACUAAUCAUACUAAAACAAUAUUUGUAAUUGAUGAUUUUCUCGGGAGACAUACCGUUAACAAACGAGUUACAAAUGCAUGGAAGCAAUUAUUCUAUGAACAUUAUUUUUGCCCAAGCAAUGAGACCGAUUCUAUCUAUAUCGUGGUAACAUGCAGAGAAGAAUUUAGAAAUUCAGAUCAGUUAAAAUCAUUGGAAACAUUAUAUCAGUAUUCAGAAUAUAACGUAUCCAGCGAUUUGCGGGAAACCAUGGAUCAAAAGCUAGAUAUUGCAUCGUGUCACAUGAACCCGGAAACAACUCAAUUACUCUUUGCUGAACUAGAUAUUCAAAAAGUAGACAGAUUUUAUACUCUCUGUCUUUUAUACUCACAGCUACAUCACACCACCGAAAAUAUGAAUUUCUUUAAAGAUCCUAAUUCUGUGUUCGAACAGGAAUUUGAAGAAAUACGAACACUCAGUGAACCAUGUUAUAUUGGUCUUGCCCUUCUUACCAUAUUUGAUGGAAAACUGAGCAAACCACUGUCUGAUCAAAAUAUUGAAAAGUUAGUGAAGGAAUUGUGUGUAGAAUGUAAAUUAUUCAAAAAUGAUAUGAAGUUAUCUCAUAUACAACAAGAGCUUGAUAAAGUCGUUGGGAGAUAUAUAAUAGACGAGGUAGUAUCAUAUUCUAUGGUUCAUCCUGAAAUUUAUGAUAUUCUACUAAACUAUUUUAUAAAGAAAAUUCCAGUAUCCUUAAUUGCUUUCGGAAGUAAUGAUUUUCUACAAACUCAAGUAAAACUUGAAGGAUUCGCAAAAGAUCCUAAUUUGGCCAAGAACUAUGCACAAUUAUAUUUUAAUCGAUUGAUAGAAGAUAUCAAACAGAAGAAAUUUGAUAACGCUUUCCGGAAUAAGCAUGUGGCAAACAUUGCGUAUCGAGAAGAAUUGAUUCGGCAUGUAAAAACGUCUGAUAAAGUUCUACAGAUAUUAGCUUCUUGCUGCUUGCCAUUGAUUUUGUCCGUAGAAAAUGAUUUCAGUGAAUUCUUAGACCUUAUCUUGAAAGAACGCGAGAAAUUGAGUUUGUCCCGAGAAAUAGUGGUUGCAAGACAAGAUGAUUUCGACGUCAUCGAUUAUGACGAUCGAGAAUUGUUGAAAUUAGAAUUAUCGAAUAACGACGAGGAGAUUAUUUUAAUGUUUGCAUGUUUAUGCGGAAGCGUACGUGCCGUUAAUUUGCUUCUUCACCUCGAAUAUUAUAUAAAUUAUCAAAAUUCUAUGCAAAAAGCACCCAUUCAUCUAGCAUGUUUACGUGGAAAAGAAGAGGUUGUCAAAGUACUGUUAGGCAUACAAUCCAAAAAGAGGAUGACGGCAGUCACGAAUCGCUCGAAACCGACUGCGAUAUUGAUAUUCAAGAUGUUAACGGUCUAACAGCUCUUCAUAUGGCUUGCAGAAAUUGUCAUACAAAUGUCGUAAAUCUAUUAUUAAACAAGUGGAAGUGUUCAUUGAGCGAAGCAGACGAACAGGGCAGAAUCGCGUUAUUCUCAGAUAAAUUUAGCGUAACAGACAACCAGGGUAGAAAUGCAUUGCAUUUAGCGUUCGUCAACGGUUCAGAGGACAUAAUCAAAAUAUUGUUUCAAGCAAUUUCAUUAUCUGACACUACUGGUCUGGGUCAACAUGCUGAUACAAGUCAUGAAAAAAUGCAUCUAUGUAAUCUGAUAAACACACAAGACAAAUAUGGAAAGACAUUUCUUUUGUCAGCCUGUGAAAACGACAAUAAAAAUUGUGUUGAAUUUCUACUGAAAUACAGAUGUUGCAAUAUUGACCUUUAUAAUGAUCGUAAUGAAACACCGGUCUUUCGUGCUUGUCAAUAUAAUAAUACAGAAUUAGUAGACAUUCUAAUAAAACGUAAUGCAGAUGUUAAUAUCAAAGACAUUGCCGGUCGAACGCCAUUACAUGUCUCUGUAGAAAACAAAAAUGAAGAUAUGGUGAAAAGUAUAUUGAAUAAUAAGAACUGCGACGUGAAUGCUAAGAAUGAUGAAAAUGAUGACUCUUAUUCUGCUCUACAUUUUGCCGUUUUUAGAAAAAAUAUUAACAUUGUCAAAAUCUUACUAAAUUCAGAGUGCAAUGAAAAGUGUGACAUAAAUUUAACUCAUUUGAAACAGAAAACACCAUUAAUGUCAGCGAUUUCAACUGGCUUUACAGAUAUGGUCAAACUUUUAAUUGAAAGCGGUUGCGAUUUGAAUAGAUAUGAUAGCGAGGGCAGAAAAGCCUUUCAUGUUGCAUGUGAAAACAAUUACAAUGGAGAUAUUAUCGAACUUUUUUUAGAACGCAAAGACGACUUUGACGUAAAUGAUGUGAACAGUGUGCUAGGUCGAACCGGUCUACAUCACGCGGUGACUGGCAACAAUAUAAAAGCCGUCAAACUUUUAAUGAAAACAAAAAUCAACAUUAAUAUGCAAGAUAAAUAUUUAGAAACAGCCAUACAUCAUGCAUAUCGUUGUAGCAAAUUAGAAAUAGUAAAAGAACUAUUAAAAAGUCAGGAAUGCAGUAUAAACCUGCCUGAUAACACGGGGAGGAAUUUAUUGCAUAUUGCGUGUAAAAAUAAUGACAUAUCAAUGGUGAGAACCUUAUUGAGAAAAAACUGCGCAAUUAAUGCUCGAAACGAAUUAGACAGAACACCAUUGCAUAUGACCAUGAGCUCAAAUUAUAUGGAUAUAUUUACCAUGCUAGUCAAGAAAGGAGAUCUUAAUGAUAAAAACUUGAAUGGUCAGACUUUGCUUCAUAUUGCAUGCCGGGAGCAACGCAUGGGUGCAGUAAAACUUAUAUUACAGAACGCAUGCGAUGUUAAUAUUCAAGAUAACUCGGGUAAAACGGCGUUACAUAUAGCAGCCGAAGGAGAUAAUCCGUCGAUUGUAAGCGAAUUAUUAAAAACAAAGUGCAAUGUAAAUCAGUGCGAUAUAAGUGGAAAGAUAGCACGUUCUUAUGCGCGGGAAAAUCGCAACAAAGAAAUAGACAAACAAUUUAUGGUAGACACUGGAGAUGAAAAGAAGUAAAGCAAAAUUAUGAAAUACAAAAUAGAUACAUGUUAUGAUAAAUUAUAAGCAGAAUUAUAUAUUUUCAGGCAAGGUUUAUAAAAAAAAUAGAAACUUAUCAAAUACAUGAAAUACUUACCUUUAUAAUAAACAUCAUAAUGUAAA